UGGAGAUUUAGGAUAAACCGAGACUGUUGGAAAUAGAUUCCAAGUCUUAAAUAAAUUAUUAAUUACUUAGAAAUCUUAUAAAUAUAGAUAUUUAGCUUCUCAAAACUUUAAAAUUCCAAAUUUGGCCAUAAAUUUUUGGAUCACAUAGCUUAACAGAUCAAAUUCCUCACCACUAAAAAUGCUCUUAGACCAGAACAGAGGUCUCUUUUCUCUCAUUAUCUAAACUCUAACUUACAGACUGGCCCAAUCUCACAUUAAAUUAAUGAAUACAGCUCAAAGUCAACCCAAACUAAAGAAAAGAAAAACGCGAUUCAGCAAAGUCCUUGAUUCAUGCCUAGUAGAUUCCUUAAGAAAAAGCCAGAAGUUAGAAGUAGAACUUAAUUUUGAUAGUCCUUUGUUCAAGGAUAGCCAUAUUUUGGCACAGAGAUUGAUAGAUAUUCUGGAUUUUAAAUCCUAUCGAUCUCGCCUUGAUAAACUUCCACUUGAACAACUUCGGAGCAUUAUGACUAGGGUGUAUCAAAGUCGGAUUGUUGAUCAAGAUACAAUUCUUAAUUCUAAAUAAAUCCAAAAGAAUUAAUGCUGCUAAUAUUCUCUCUCACAAAAGUUCCUCCUCAAAUGUGCUCGAUGAACAAUUUAAAGAAAAUAAGGUCAAGCCUAACGCUUUAUACCAUCUAUCUCCAACAGGGAUUCUAAAUAAGCUGGAUAAAUGAAAGUAUGACUGGUGUAUGGAAAAGGCAAACCGGCUUAAAGAGGAGGAAGAAGAACUCCGAUCUCACCAAGUAACCAACCGCAAGAUGCUUAAUAAAAAUAAUAAAUAAGAUCCGCUCUAUCUCUCCUAGCUCUUCUUCUCUCCAACAAUUCAAGAUAGAACAAAGAGCUUUCGAUGAAGUUGAGUACCGAAGGAACCGCAAAGGUCUUUCCACAGAAGAGGUCAACACAUAUGAGCAAUAUGUUCAAAAGAAAUUUGGAUUAAUCAAAAGAUCCACAAAGGUGCAACAAUGGGAGAAAGAGAUUCUGAAUAUGCAUCAGCAGGUAUUAUAAACAAGGUACAUCCUCCUGAAGAAAUUGGCCAAGAAGAUCUCUUCCAAGAAGCUAAUUUAAAAUUGGCUAUAAAUAUAGACACCCCAGCUGAUGAAAUUGAUGAAGAAGAACAGAAAGAAGAAUCUAAAAGAAACAAGAACACUUUUGACUCUAAUCAAUCAGAUAAUGCUUCAAAUAAAUCUGAGAGUCCUAGAAAGUUUAGCUCAAGAGAAGACUCACCUGUAAUUGAUAAGAAACUUCGACUAAAGAAUAACCCCCGAGCUGUGACAUCAAGAAAUAAUAUUAACAUUCUGAAAUCGGCUGAUGAUGUUAGCUGUUUAAAUAAAAAGAAAGCUACAAUCAAAUCUAAAUAGCACUUUUAAGAUUGACAUAAACAAGCUUAAAUAAGAACGGCAUUGCGCUAAUGAGCCCCAAAGCUGCCCAUGAGUCUGCUCUUUUGAGGCAGAGAAUUGAUAAUAUACAUAAAGAAAACCAGAAAAGGUUGAGAGUGAGAAAGAGCAAAAUUCAAAUAAGAAAUAGAAAAUAAACUAAAAGAGUUCCAAAAACAACUAGUAGACAUUGAUAAAGAUCCAAAACACCCCAUGAGCAUGAGAGUAAACCCAGGAAACUUUAGAAGUGUCAGCAUCAAAAGAUCUGUGGAUAUUAGGAGAAAUACCGGUAAACUUCCAUGCAUUGAGACUCCACAAUCCCAAUCUUUGUCCUCAACCAUUCAAGAAAGUUUUGAGUCUGGUGAAAUAACUCCUGAAAUGAUCAGAGAACUUUCAGUUUAUAUUUCUAAAAAGUAUGGAGUAUCAGAAAAUAUGCUAAAAGAUACCCACAGUCAGAAUAUUACAGAGAUGAAGAAGGGAAUGAAACAGCGUACCAAGGAUAGGUUUAUCAUUAUGCUCAAAAGAAUCAUUCUGGGCAAAGCCAAACCAGAAGAUUUUACUAGAGAAAACAAUGAGUCAAAUUUCCAUUCAGACUCAAUAAUCAAUAACUUCCUCUGUGAUUUAUUAGGUCGAACAAAGGAUGAAUUCAUUAAUGAAAGAAUGAAGACUUUCAGAAGCAACAUUUUAAUGAAGAACCAACAAAACAUGAAGAUCCCUAACGUCUUCAGCAGGAUGAAGGACGAUGUGCUUAGGCGAGAAAGCAUCAUUGUACCUCUAAACAGGACCUACUUCACCAAAAGUCAUCAAAGCCAUCCCCCACCUCCUUCCAUCCCCUAAAAUUCCUUCCAAAAAUCCCC